GUUGCCGCCACGGUUAAUGAAAAUAGCAUUCAUAGUUUGUCUGAUUGUGGUACUCCUUUCACACACCAGCGACAGUGCACAGACAAAAACGCGCAGAAGAUUACGUCGUCCUACCACAGCGCCUGCGACUAGCGAAUCAGGGUCGAGCACAAACUUAGUUGCAGCAAAAAGGGCCAAAUCCACAGAGGCACCUGCCAAUGAUGUCGUAGAUCAACAGCCACAAUCUUCUACAAGAAGUGUCACACGUACGCGUUUGCGGUCUAAGUCAAAGUUACGUGGUAGUGCUGCAGCAGCAGCUGGCGGUACUGCUUUGAUAGCCAGUGGUUCAUCGUUGAAAGGCAAAAAAACUAAAAUAGACGAUGGUGGCAAAAAAAUUGUCUGCUAUUACACGAAUUGGUCACAAUAUCGCCCGAAGAUCGGCAAAUUUAUCCCUGAAGAUAUACCAGCUGAUCUCUGUACACACAUAAUCUUUGCUUUCGGUUGGUUGAAGAAGGGUAAAUUGAGCUCUUAUGAAUCGAACGAUGAAACUAAAGACACUGUACCCGGUCUAUAUGAACGUAUAAUGACACUGAAAAAAGUCAAUCCUAAAUUGAAGAUCUUACUUGCUUUGGGUGGCUGGUCAUUUGGCACACAAAAGUUCAAGGAAUUGUCUGCUACACGUUAUACACGUCAGACCUUCAUUUACUCCGCCAUACCAUUCUUGCGUAAACGUGGUUUUGAUGGUCUUGAUUUGGAUUGGGAAUAUCCUAAGGGCUCUGAUGACAAAAAGAACUUCGUACUUUUACUUAAAGAAUUGCGUGAAGCAUUUGAAGCUGAAGCUCAAGAAUUGAAAACGACACGUUUGCUCUUGUCUGCUGCUGUCCCAGUAGGUCCGGACAAUGUACGCGGUGGUUAUGAUGUACCAGCUGUAGCUAGUUAUCUUGAUUUCAUUAAUUUGAUGGCAUACGAUUUUCAUGGAAAAUGGGAACGUGAAACAGGACACAAUGCACCACUGUAUGCACCAUCAACUGAUUCCGAAUGGCGUAAACAAUUGUCUGUAGAUAAUGCAGCUAGCAUGUGGGUUAAAAUGGGCGCACCAAAGGAGAAGUUGAUUAUUGGUAUGCCAACAUAUGGACGUUCAUUUACUUUGGCAAACACUGAAAAACAUGGUCCCAACGCUCCUGCUACUGGUGGUGGUCGUGAAGGUAUUUACACUAAAGAAGGCGGAUUUUUGGCGUAUUACGAAAUUUGUGAAAUGUUGUUGAAUGGCGCUGUCUAUGUAUGGGAUGAUGAAAUGAAAGUACCGUACAUGGUUGAUGGAGAUCAGUGGGUCGGUUUCGAUGAUGAACGCGCCAUACGUUACAAAAUGAACUGGAUUAAAACAAAUGGCUUCGGUGGUGCCAUGGUGUGGACCAUUGAUAUGGACGAUUUCAAAGGCGAGGUUUGCGGUGGAAAAGUUAAAUAUCCCUUAAUUGGUGCUAUGCGCGAAGAAUUAUUAGGUAUUUCUCGAGGCAAGGAAGCUAAGGAUGUGAACUGGACCGCAGUAGCUGCUACAUUUGAAGAUUUGGAAGAAGUUGAGAAACCGGAACCAAUCAAAAUUUCUGUUGAAGAAAUCCUUAACAAAGUACGCAAACCAUCGAAAAAACAGAAAAUCAAACAUGGCUUGCUUGCUACAGAACAAAAUUCACGUCCUGCACAAGUUUUCUGCUACCUUACAAGCUGGUCAGCUAAACGGCCCGGUGCUGGUAAAUUUGAUGCUUCAAACAUCAAUCCAAAACUAUGCACACAUUUAGUCUAUGCCUUUGCAACGUUAAAGGAUCACAAGUUAACGGAAGCUUCUGAUGACGAUCCAGAGAACUAUGAAGCCCUCAUAGCGUUACGUGAAGAAAACCCAGACUUGCAAAUCUUAUUGGCUAUUGGUGGUUGGGCAUUUGGCUCAACACCGUUCAAAGAGUUGACAUCAAAUGUCUUCCGCAUGAAUCAGUUUGUUUAUGAGGCAAUUGACUUUUUGCGUGAUUAUAAAUUCAAUGGAUUAGAUGUUGACUGGGAGUAUCCAAGAGGUGCAGACGAUCGUGCUGCAUAUGUUAAUUUAUUACGUGAAUUGCGUGUAGCUUUUGAGGGUGAGGCAAAAUCAUCAGGACAACCACGUUUAUUAUUAACAGCCGCUGUACCAGCAUCAUUUGAAGCAAUCGCUGCUGGCUAUGAUGUACCUGAAAUAUCGAAAUACCUUGAUUUUAUUAAUGUUAUGACCUAUGACUUCCAUGGUCAAUGGGAACGUACAGUUGGACACAAUUCUCCGCUUUUCUCUUUAGAAACCACAACAAGUUAUCAAAAGAAAUUGACAGUGGAUUACAGCGCACGUGAAUGGGUUAAACAAGGUGCACCAAAAGAGAAGCUUCUCAUUGGUAUGCCCACUUAUGGACGAACAUUCGAAUUGGUUAAUGAAACACAGUUUGAUAUUGGGGCGCCAGCAUCAGAUGGUGGUAGACCAGGCAAAUUUACAAAUGAAUCAGGUUUCUUAAGUUAUUAUGAAGUGUGUACUUUCCUUGCUGCUGAGAAUACUACUCUGGUAUGGGAUUCCGAACAACAAGUACCAUUCGCUUAUAGAGCAAAUCAAUGGGUUGGUUUUGAUGAUGAACGUUCACUGAAAACAAAGAUGGAAUGGCUUAAAGAACAAGGAUUUGGUGGAAUUAUGGUUUGGUCCAUUGAUAUGGAUGAUUUUUCAGGACGUUGUGGUGGUGGCAAAUAUCCACUGUUGAAUUCGCUAAACGAUGAGUUGAAAGGAUAUAAAGUGGAAUUAGAAUUUGAUGGACCUUAUGAAACGCGUGGACCACGUGGUGCUUAUACUACUAAAAAUCCUCACGAGGUUACUUGCGAAGAGGAAGACGGUCAUAUAAGCUAUCACAAGGAUUGGAAUGACUGCACACAUUACUUCAUGUGCGAAGGAGAACGUAAACACCACAUGCCAUGUCCCGCCAACUUAGUGUUCAAUCCAAAGGAAAAUGUGUGCGAUUGGCCCGAAAACGUAGAGGGUUGCCACGAACCAACAGAAGCUCCAGCCUAAGCUUAAACUUAUCUUACAAAUUUAAUUUAAAAAUUGUUAAAUUUUUUCUUUUCGUAGUUUUUAAAAUUCCCUAACUCUUAAGUUUCAGAACUAUUGACAAAACGAAACUGCCAAUUAACUAAUUUUAAAUUCGCAUAGGCACUUCAAAAGUGUUUUUGAAAAAUACUCACAAUCGUACGUUAAAAGGAUUUUUGUCUUCUUUUUAUGCAGAAAAAUAUCUUUUUAAGUUCUUAGCUUGUUAAGUAGUUUUACGUUUACAGUUAAACCUAACAAGGCGUUGUUACUGAAAUAUUUUUUUACGUUUACUGCCAAUUUGAUGCCUUAACGAAAUAUUUUGAAAAAUUUUACUACUCAUCCUUCGACUCUAAAAUUCAAAAAGGCUAUUUUUUCCGAGCUAUUUUGCUAUUUUCCUUAAAAUUUCUUGCUCAAACAAAAAAUAUAUGAAAUCAAUUUAUUGUACUUUUAUAUAUGAAACUGUGAUAAUCAUUAAAGAAUAACAAAAUUACUUUGUUCAACUUUGAAAAUUAAAAUUCCUCCUGCAUUUCGCUCCUCUCAUGCACUGCCUCCUUCCUCUUUCAAAGUUUAUAAACUUUCUUACUUUGUAAUUUUUCAAAAACAAUUUUAUAUCGAAUUAUCUUUUUUAAUAUUAAAAAUUGUAUUGUAUUAUAGAAUUAUGUAUAGUUAAUAAAUAAAUAAA